AUGCAGACGACGGGGACGCGAUUGACAGAGACGCUUGUGGUGCAAGACGAUCUCAAACCUCUCAUUCCUCAUCAUUUUGCCAAAGGAAGCUGGCUUCCCACCUCAGACUGGCGUCCUGUACCACCCGAUAAGUCACACCCUGCAGGUAGCAGCUUACCUUCAUCCCUCCGUCUUCUGUCAUGGAACGUCGACUUCAUGGCGCCCAAUCAAAGCGAUCGGCUGCGCUGUGCUCUCUCACACAUCCGCUCUCACCUCUCAUCUGCAUCCACAUCUACUUCAGGACGUACCUCUGAUACUUCCGAGGCACAGUCCGUAACAGCUGAAGGAACCGAGCCGGUUCCGUGUUGUAUACUCCUACAGGAAAUAUCUGGCGGGGCUUUUCCGGCAUUGUUGUCCGACAAAUGGGUGCGUCGGUAUUUCACCGUCGUGCCUAAUAGCGUUACAGAGUGGCCGACUCGGACAUAUGGUGUUGCAACGCUCAUUUCACGAAGUAUACCCGUCCUCAAAGCGCAGUCACUCGCGUUCAGUAAUUCGCGCAUGGGACGGAACGCGUUGCUAGUGGACGUGCGACUUAGCGUCAGUCCCUCUUCUCUCGGCAACUCUCCAGAUGGAGAGACGAACGAGAGAUCGCGCACUCAUGUUCUACGCAUCGGGAAUGUGCAUCUUGAAUCACUCCCCCAGGGCACCCCGAUGCGCCCAUCGCAACUUAUGGCGACGGGCAAGAUGCUUCGCGCGGAGGACGUAAACGGAGGGAUUGUUGGGGGCGACAUGAACCCGAUUGACCCAAUUGAUGCGGCCAUACAUCAGAAUGCGGGGCUGGAGGACGCAUACCGCGGUGCGGAGGAGAACGAAAACUCGUUUACCUGGGGAUACCAACCCCCGAGUGGGUAUCCAGCGCGGAGGAUGGACAAAAUUUUCUACACCGCUCAGGAGGGAUGUCGGAUGCAAGUCGAUGAGCCAGAGAGAAUCGGCGUUGGGUUGAGAACCGCGCAGGGGCAGUGGGUUAGCGACCAUUACGGUUUGCUAACCACUGUUCAGCUCGAUCUCGUCGCUAGUGUCGAGGAGGUUGACGCUCAGAUUCCUUCCGAGUAG